AUGGGUGCGAUCAACUUCUUCCUGAACAUGUGUGUAUUUCCUAGGGAUACGACGCAGUAUUCUCAGUGUUUGUCAAGAACGGCGUGGAAUCUCGCAGCUGGAGACAAUAACAUUGGAUUAUCUGGUACGAACAAUAACCACCGUCUUCUUCCUCUCUCAGUGCAGCAGUGUGAGCCAAAUGAGCCUCUGUUAGUAGGCACGAAUGGAAAAAUGAUCGACAAGAUCUUACAGGUGACUCAAGGCUACGAGGUAAUUCGUCCCAUUUCUAUACGUUCUCCGAUCCCAUGGCAGGAUGUCCUUCUAUUUGCAAUCGACAAGAAGACACAAGCUCUCAUCGACACUGGAGCACUGCUAGCUGGUGUUUCAAACCUUGAGGCAGCGCAAUUUCUUCUUGAUCAAAAUGGCUUUGUCUUUGGUGGCGUGACUUACUAUGAUAGUCGGAUGGACUUCAAUUGCUGGAUGAUCGCUGAAAAGACCCGCCGUGUUGUGAUGCCUUUGAAGAAGUCGUCGAUGCUUGAGAGCGAGACUUUCGUGGUCUUUGACGAGGCACGAUCACGUGGGUCCGACAUGAAGUUACCCUCUAACGCUUCAGCUGUUUUAACGCUAGGACCCAAGCUUACUAAAGACAAAUUGAUGCAGGGGGCAGGACGCAUGAGGCAGCUCGGUUGCAACCAAACCCUGUGGAUUGCAUGCUUUGAUGAGAAAAAAAUCGCUCGAGUCAUUGAGUCGACGGCCCGAAUUCAUUUUGAAGGCGUUGAUGACGCAUUGAUCAGUCGAAUCUGUCGACGAGGUCGUGCGUAUGGUCUGGACGACGAAGUGUGUAUCGCCGCGCACACUGACGAGUGUGAGCAAGAACUGCGUGUGGAGGAGGAAGAAGAGCGAGAACAAGAUAGAGAAGUGGCAGUGUGCAAACCUAUGAAAGAGAAAAGGUGGGCUUACUCCAGAAUCUUAGAUGCUCGGUCGAUUGAGGAUCUCCGUGAUAUCGUGAACGUGGUGAGUAUGGAGAACUACAUUCGAGAAUGGAUAACCCUUACGAACCUGGCGGAUCUGGUGUGGACCAGUGCUCAGAUCUUCGGAACGGAAAACUUUUUCGUGACGAUCAAAGCCCAGAGAGGUCUGGACUGCGUGAACGAAUUCCUCCGUGUGAUCGAUGUUAUACUGAUAUUCGAGAACGGCCAAGUGCUGCUAGUAUCCGAAUGCGAGGCAGAUCAAGCAAGCUGCUAG